AUGGCGGCAGUCGACUGUAUGUCGAUGGCUUCGCGCCAUCACCCUCACCACCCAUACAACCAGCAACAAACGCGGGACCGCCGCUCGAGUUAUAGCAGCUUUGGCAGCAAUAACCCAUAUGCUUACUACAUGUCGCCGGCGUCCUCAAUCUAUGCGCCGUCCCGCCGGUCCAUCUCGGAAUCCAUCCCCACCGUCCCCAUCGAGUCCCUCUGGUGGUCCGGCGCUCCCGAACACCAACCGGUGAACCCGAAGCCCCGGCGAGACGAGUCGGUUUCGCGACGACGUCGGCCGCGCCAUGCCUACUCGAGACUUUCGCGACUGGUCAACCCGGAUAUCAUUGAUGAGUUGGACGAUGUCACUGCCUACUCGUAUCAUCAUGAGGGGCCUUACGAUGCGGUCUGCCCGGAACGAAAUCGCGUCAGCCAGCACAGUCCCCUCGAGGCUGUGAGGGAGUCGAAUGAAGAAGCCCUUCGCGCAACCCCACGAGAUAAAAUCAUCGACUCUUUGCAUAGCCAUCGCCCUCUUGACGGCACGGCCUUCUUCCCUCCCGGAACUGCGGACCGGGAUGGCCAUGUCUAUGACUACGAAGAAGGGAUCAAUAUGAUGAAUGAUUUCGGGAACUUCAUGCGUCUGCCUGGAAAUAGAUAUACCGACAAGGACUUUGAGAAUGACCCUUUCUACACCCAACCGAUCACCAACCCAUUCACUCAACUUAAGAAGAAACUGAGUCUUCGUCGGAGCAAAACGCGUCGGAGCACGGCCUGA